AAUAGCUGGAAGGGGGGGGGGGUGUGGAGGUGGUGACAGUAAGCUGGUACCUUUGGUAGCAUCACUGCUCACAAGUAGAGAUGGCCAGUCAGUCCCAGGGCAUCCAGCAGCUGCUUCAGGCUGAGAAAAGAGCGGCUGAGAAGGUGGCAGAUGCCCGAAAGAGGAAGGCUCGGCGUCUGAAGCAGGCCAAGGAAGAGGCUCAGAUGGAGGUAGAGCAAUACCGUAGGGAACGGGAGCAGGAGUUCCAGGGCAAACAGCAAGCGGCCAUGGGAUCCCAGGGGAACCUGUCAGCUGAGGUGGAGCAAGCAACUCGGCGCCAGGUACAGGGCAUGCAGAGCUCUCAACAACGCAAUCGUGAGCGUGUCCUGGCUCAACUCCUUGGCAUGGUCUGUGACAUCAGGCCCCAGAUCCAUCCCAACUACCGGAUUGCUGCUUAGGGACUCUGUACCAGUCAGCUCCCCCCUUCCCAGGACCUCACAUCUUGACCUCCAGCCAUAUCCCUUUUCUCCCAUCAGUCCCCCAGAAAUUCAAGGAGUCAUCCUGUAACUCUCCCAUUUAAACCGUAAAUCUUUAGCUCCAUAACUCCUACCAGGUCCUUUUAUUUCCCUGAGAAUGCUGCCUCUUCCACACAGAAUCUAAAUCUACCCCCGUGGUGACCUUAAAUCCUUGACCUUGAUAGCUGGCCUCUAGUCAAUUUUAAUAGCUGUGUGAGCCUGGGCAAAUUACUUAAUUUUUUCAUAUGUAAAAUGGAGACAACAAUUGCACCUACUUACAAGGUUCUGGUGAGGAUUAAAUGAGAUAACUUUUGUAAAGUGCUUUGGAAACCUUAAAGUACUAAAAGGUAGCUAUCAUAAAAUUUCUACCAGAUAGGUUAAAAUCUCUCCCCAGCUGAUUUCGUUUCUGAUUCAAAUGAACAUCCUUCAAGUGUCUGGCUUUCCCUGCAUGUUACUCCUGUGAUCAAUGAUGAAAACUAGCUGACCUCCAUCAUCCCACUAAUCUUAUGACUCCACGAGUUUCUUUUUUCUCCUACUCUUUCCUUUUUUGUUUCUACAUUAUCCCCUUUACUUUUCCAUUUUCUCUUCUCUUUCACCUUGAAAUUUCUUAGAGACUUGUCUGGCUCUUGCUAUUGAGAAACAUCUUACAUUGUGUGUAAUGCUGUUAUGGGAGUGUCCCCCAUCAUUUUCCUUUUCCCACACCUCAAUUUCCUAUUCUAUUUAAUUGUAAAAUGAAACCAGUGCAAAUGUCAAUAAAAUAAGUUGUGAAAAA